AUGGCCUCCAAUAUAACUGCAGAGACUCGUGAAUUUCGUUUAUCCGAUGGUUCCAAUUUUUAUAAUUGUAUUGUUGUUGGAACCAAAGCUAAUAUAAAUCCAGACCGUGCAUAUGCACUAGUACAAGAAAGACUUUAUUGUCGAACAAACCAGACAGUUAAUGCUUUGCCUAAAAAUAUCAAUGUAAAAAGUACAAACAUUGCUAGAAAACCUCGUCUAGUUAAAACCAACAACGCAACUGUUAAUGAAAAUGAGAUCGAAGCUUUAGGUUUACUUACUAAGACAAGACUAUGUAUAAUUUAUGUGACAAAAUAUAAUCAGACUAUAUCAUCAAUUCGUGUUAAAUAUUAUGGUAAUGAUUAUAAAGAAUCUGUUUAUAUGGUUUAUGAUGAAACACAACAACAAUACUGUUCAUUAUAUUUAUAUAAUACAAUCGAUCUAAGUGGAGAACAAAUAACAAUUCUCCCUAGUUAUAAUGAGACAAUCAAUAUUCUUCUACGAAAAUUUUUUAUGAGUAAUUUUAAUUGUCAUGUAGAUGUACAAUUAGAUGAUGAACUUCAGACUACAGCUAAUGACGUAUUACAUCAAGGACAACCUGAGUGUGACAAUAUACCUCACAUUAUCGAUAUGGAAACUGAAGUGAAUACAUCGACAGAGCAGGGAAUAACAGAUAAUGACGGGUAUCCAACAAUGUCCGUCACCCCAAAGACAACAGACAAUCAGAUUUCAUUAAAUGUGGCAAACAAUAUAUCUAAAACAACGCAUGCUUUGUUUCGUAAAACAAUUCCUGGUGAUGGUUCAUGUUUAUAUUGGUCUUUUAUCAAUGCAAUGUCAUUAAAGUCGACCAUGAAAAAUUUACGUAACCUGGUGGCUGAUUAUAUUUUACAAAUGGAUAUUGAUGAUAGCAAACUGCAAUUUGGUGCCGAUUGUCAAAAUCGUCAACAAUAUUGUGAUGGAAUUAGAAAUGGUGCUUGGGCUGGUGAACCUGAGCUUGUAGCUUUAUCCCAAAUGUAUGAAAUAAUGAUUAAAGUUAUUAAUUGGAGAAGAGAUCAGCAACAAAAUGUACCAAUAAAGCCGAUACCUUACGGUGAGAAUAAUAAAUUAUGUACCAAAUGUAUUUACAUUAUUUUUGACGAAGCAAGUUUACAUUAUGAGCCAUUAUACCUAUGUGACAUAGAAAAUUUACAAAGUGGAAUAACCAUUUUCAAUCGUGAUGAUACCUUCGUAGAUGAUCUUUUGCCUGACUUUAUUAAAAGUCAGAUCGGUUCCAAUGAUCCUAGUAAAGUGAUGACUAGCACAGAACAUUGGCUUGAUGAAUGUUUUCAUAUGUUAGAUUCAACCGUUUCCAAGACUAAUUUAUUUAAUGCAAACGAACAAUAUAUAUCAGCAAACAAUAUAAUACCAACAACACAAAAUGCUAUAUCUUAUAAAACACAUGAAUUUCGUCGUGGUGAACUUCCUGGUAAUGGUCAAAGUUUAUAUGAUGCUACUACCUUUCUAUCUGAUCGAUCGAAAAUGAUUAAUAUUAAAUGUUUACGUGAAAACGUAGCGAAUGUUAUUCGGAGUCAUACCGAUAACGAUGUUAUUCGGAGUCAUACCGAUAACGAUGGUAUUCAUGUACCGCCAAGCUUGGAUUAUGACGAUCGCAAAGAUUACUGUCGUAAAGUUGAAGAAGGAAUUAUAUCUGGUAGUGAACCAGAAUGUUAUGGUUUAAGUUAUUUGUAUCCUGAUACCUUAUUUUGUAUCAUUUCAAAACCAAUCAUGAAUAACAAUGCACCUUGUAUUGAUAUUUAUGUUAAAGAUAUUUCAUCAUACAAGAAAUGUAUUAUUUUACUUUAUAAUGAAACAAGUGAUAUCUAUAUGCCUUUAUAUUUACAUAACAAAAUUAAUGAUGAAGAAGAAAAAACUAAUUUUAAAUAUGAUGAUAAAGUGAAGGAUCUUCUUCGUGAAUUUAUUCAAAAUAAACUUAAUUAUUGUGGAUAUGUUAGUUUUGACAGUGAAAAAGAUAGUCAUGCAGUGGAUUCAUCAUCUCAUGUUGAACAUGAAUCCAUUGAUCUCGCCGAGAGAAUUACCGAAAAUCCUGGUAAAAACAAAUCAAAGAAGCAAAACAUGAUGAAACGUAAUGCACCAGAAAAAACUCAAUCAUUAACAUCUUCUCAUCCUCUUCCUCCAAAUGAUCAAAUCUCAAGAUUUCAUAAAAGAAAUGAUAUAUCAGAGAAUAUUGAUACAUCGUUGCAAACAGCUACUAUUACAAAUAAGACGGAAGAAGAACAACAACGAAAAGAAGAUUUGUCACCUACGUUAUCAACGAAUACAACUGUUGCUGCUUGUCGUGAACAAAUGAGACUUGAAAGUGAACCUGCAGAAAGAUUUCAUGGUCGUGCAAAAAGUGAUUACAUGCCAAAGAGUAAUACCAAACGUGAUGGCACACAAGCAAAACCAAGAAAGCCUUGCUAUUUUGCCGAUCGUAUUAAUCAACAUUUUUUGAAUUUAUUGAUUCCAAUAAUGUAUUUAUUUGCUGAUCCUAGUCGUGUAUGGGUAGAAAUCGCUUUAGUAACACGAAUUAUUAAAGGAUGUAUUUAUUUCAAUUCAUUAUUUGAUUUUUUUCCAUACAAAAAAAAUGGUUCAUACGGUAAUUCUUGUAAUCCAAUAUAUGUUAACCUUGGAAAUUAUAAAAUGUAUCCAUUGACGAAAUAUACAGAAAAUAUGCAACAGCUGAUGCUAAAGUUAGUUGUAAUAAUGCUUACAAACGACGAAUUAGUGAAAAAACAACCAUUGAAAGUAUUUAAGCUAGUCAGCUCAAAUGGACAAAGGCAGGACACAAAACACAGAACUCACGAUGAAUUGAAAAAAGAUUAUUAUUUAAAUGAACUUCGUUUUGCUAUAACCCUAUGGAUUAAAGGACCUAAUGAUAAAGAAUAUCAACGACGUCCUGAUAUUCAAUAUAUUAGUCCAAUUUCAAUACAGGAUAAGGAGGUAAAAUUAUAUGAAUAA